AUGAAAAGCCAAUUAAUAGGGUUUUUGCUGUGUUUUUGGAUUCCUUUUUCACUUGCUUUGUAUUUUCACAGUGGAGAAAGAGAAGAGAAAUGUAUAAUUGAAGACAUCCCCAGCGACACAUUGGUGAUGGGGAAUUACAAAGUACAACGCUGGGAUACACACAAACAGGACUUUCUUGAAUCUGCUCCUGGUUUGGGAAUGUUUGUGACAGUCACAAGUCCAUCUGCUGAAGUACUCUUGUCAAAACUGUAUGGACCACAAGGAACCUUUUCUUUCACAUCCGACCUGUCCGGGGAGCACAUUAUCUGUUUGCAGUCUAACUCCACAAGAUUUGUAGCAUUUGCAGGAAGUAAAUUGGUAAGUCGUAUCCAUUUGGACAUUAGAGUUGGAGAACAUUUUCUUGAUGAAUCUGUUGUUCAAGCCAAAGACAAAGUGAAUGAAGUUAACAUAAGACUAGAACAUAUAAUUGAGCAAAUUCAUCAUGUAUCCAAAGAACAGAACUAUGAAAGAGAGCGUGAAGAAAAAUUUCGGAAGACAAGUGAGGAAACCAACAGCAAUAUCUUGUGGUGGGCUAUUGUACAAACACUGAUUCUCAUCUCCGUUGGAAUCUGGCAAAUCAAAUCUCUCAGAGAUUUCUUUAUAUCUAAGAAGCUUGUUUAA